UUUAAUUUAUAAAAAUCUAAAUUAAACAUCCCUCUUUGUUAAUAAACAAAUGACAGGUCGCGUCGGUAAGUUAGACAACAACGGUUUGUUUGUAUUGCAUCAUUAAUUGACACUUUUUGGUGAGACGCGGUUUAAAUUCGAUAAAAAUCGGUGUAAAUCAACGUGGUGUAUUCAAAAUUAUAUCUGAAUCGAUUCUCGGGAUAACAAACAGCCAACUUCCUGCCAAAGUAUCCAAUCUUCUGCCAGCAGUUAAUAAUCAAAAGUCAAGUCUUGUGCUUGCUGGAAAUAAGCAAUAUUCGGUCCUGAAACAAGAGUUAAUGUGAUUUUGGUUCUACAGAAAAGAAAGAACUUGGAUACCGUUUUAAAGACUGCUUUGGAAAUUAAGUCCAGGUUUGCCACUAAAACGGAUACAAAGCUUUCGUCUUUCGAGGUUUCUCGGUCAAGUUAUAAUCAGUUGUGGUCUUAACGUAUAAAGUUAUUGUGAAACAUAUUUAUUGUGAUGGCUGAAGGUACUUAUGAGUACGAAGUGAUGCGUGCGGAAUUAUUGGGGGUUGAAAAACCCGAUUAUGAGGAAUUUAUGAAACGGCAAAAAGAAAUCGAAGCGAAAAACGUCGAAGAACACGAAACGGACGUUGAGAAUUUGAAGGUGGUCGAAGAGCAAAGCGAUGAAUUGAAGGGGGCGUCUGGGAAAUUGGACGAAUUAAACAAUUUAUUAUCGUUGACCCAAAAGAAAAUUAAUAAUUUCAAGUUCCGAUGUAGUUCGGUAACGAGCUACAUGAAAACAAGAUUGGGAACUACUUUACCAUUUUCAACCUCCGUCGAUAUCGUAGAUUCGGAAAAUCGCGCCGAUAAAACAGCUCCCACACCGAAAACCACGCCAACCGAGGAAAUUCCAAACGAUGUAAUAGGCCAAGUUGCUACAUCUUGCGGCGGACAGAAAAAAAGCGAUCUUACAAAAGCUCUCGAUUCGCACGUCGAUAAACUAGAUGGGUUGUUGGAGAAAGCGGAGUUUGCUCAAAUUAGUAUGGAACACCAAAGGAAGCAAAUGCAAUCUUACUUGAAAAAGUAGUCGCGUAAAUUUGGAAUUAUUUAACCGAAAAUUUCUUUCUCUAAAUCUUUUGUGAUGUUAAAUUGAAGGUUGUGAGUGUUAAAUCAUUGCUUAUUUUAUUUAUUGAGCUUCACACACCAAAGAAAUUAUUUAACCUUUCAUUACACGCGGUUGUAGUUGUCAAAUACUGCUGUUUAAACAAAAAUGAUUAAAAAUGUCAAAAGAUGGCGUUAAUUAUCUAUUUGUAAUUUUUAUUUUG